AUGCUUAGAGAGUCAGCCUCGAGCUCGCAAGGUGGCGAUGGCGGGGGGGGCAGACUCAUGGGCGAGACCGCUUUCAGCCGAUCGGCCCUCUUGCCGGCCUGGGUGCCCCCCGAAGCUUCCACCCUACAUCAGCGAUCGGCAUCGCUCACACCUCAACUGAACUCAAAAGCUUGCUCGCCCCUGCUGGGUGUUCGCCGCUCAAAUGCUUCUAAGAUGGCCGGGCACCGUGGCGAUGGCUUGCGCCGAGCAGGGGCCAGCGCAUCACCACAGCCGCUGGUGGGGAACCCUCGCUUCGGCCUGUCGCCGCCGCGAGCGUCGACGGCACUGAACAUGCCGUCGCCACCACUCAGCAGUAUGCAUUACUCGCCGCAGGUGCCGCCAGCGCAGUACUCCGGCUUGUCGAUUGCGCCGACCAUUGCCUCGUUCACGUCGUCGUCCUCUUCCCAUCCCCCUACAGCUGCGCGGCUGCUGAUGAGUGCCGCGGCUUCGCCGUCGCCGUCGCGCCGCUCAGUGCGAUUGACGCUCGGUGCCUUCUGCAUGUUAAAUGCGGGUAUCGCUUUCCUGUUCACAUGGAUGAUGUGCACACAGCAGACUGGCUUUGCGCUGACGGCGGCGAAGCGGCGGUGGAACCUCAAGGAGCGAUCUAGCGCGACCUGCACAGCUGGCGUCUACUAUUUAAUCAUCGGGCUUGUGCUGCUUAUAGACCGACUAAGCUCGACUAUUGCUGUGGUUGUUCAACUAGGCGUACGGUUCGUGAGGGCCGGUUUUCGGUUGAUUCUUCGCUGGCUGCUGUGGUGCGUUAGUAGAAUAGCAGCGUCGAGGGUUUGUGUUCCACUGCUGCGCCGCCUAGCCCCACACGUCGCCAUCGCCUCGGCUGAGAAUUGCCGGGUGCUAAUGCGAAGCAAGUCGGCGCGGCCUCUUCGGUCUUCGAGUGUUGCCGUCCCUGCUGUUGGUGCGCCGACGGCGCUCUCGGGUCAUGUGUUACUGCCACGUUUUUCAUGCAGUCAGCUGGGCACAUCAUUUCAGUGUUCGCAGACGAACUCGAUGCGCGAAUCCAUGGCCGAUUCGGAGGCGGAUAGGCGACCGUGCUCCGCCACCGCUGCAUCACUGAGUAUUCGGCGACGCGGUUCCUGA